AAAUAGCGAAAGGAAAUGUCAAGUCAAACGUUUAAGCAACGAGGAGGUGGUCCUCCAAAAUCCGAUCGAAAUGCCAACGAGGAAAAUUCUCAUCAACAGCAUCAGCAGCAGCAGCAGGAGGAGUCGGAGAAGCUGCAGCAGGAGCUACUGCCACUGCCACAAUUGGGGGCCAAACCCAAGAGCCAGAGGGAGAAUAAAAGCGAAAGGAUCCUCCAAACAAAGACUGAAAACCAAAAUCAAAAUCAGCGACAAAAAGCCCAAUCUUUGCAGGGAUAUGGCAACUAUAUGGAACUGGAGUUCAUACAGGCAGAGGCCGCUUCUUCGGCGGCCUUUGAUGACCUGCCCGUGAGCUAUGCCACCACCAGUGUGGCACCAGUGGCACCACCGCCCUAUCGCGAGCCACCACCGCCCACACCGCCACCGCUGUCACAAAUACCCUCCAGAGAGUCGCGACUGUUGCACUCAGCACCAAACACACCCAUACGUGGCAAGGUUGUUCUGAGCAAAAAGGAGAGGAAGGAGCUGAGCAAACAAUUGGGCUUGGAGGAUCUCCAAGGACUGCCCUUGGGCGGUAGUACCUCAGCCCAGUCGAGUCCGUACAAGGGAAGAGUCAGCGAAUUGAAGAACUGUAUAGCAAGAGGACUUUUCGCCACACUGCAUAGGGGAACCCCCAAGGAGAGGGAACUGCACAUCAAUCAGGAAAUAUCUCCGCCCCCGCCGGCACCAGAAUCGGGCAACAAUAAUGAGGAUGCGGCAGACUAUUCCGAAAAACUAAAGAAUCUGCCAGUACGCCAACGAAAGGUGGCCACUCGUCACAUGGAUAACUACUGUCUGUUCGAUCCCGUGGAUUUUAUCAACGAAAAGGCCAUGCGUUAUCCCAGUGCCACCACCAGCACCAGCACAUCCCAUGGCCUCAGGGAUCCGCUGUUCAGUUCGCGACAGCAUUUGGUCUGCGAAGACGAGGACGAAAUGGUGCCCGAAGUCAUUUACGACAAUGAGGAGCUGGAGCUCGAAGAAACGAUCAUUAUUGAGACCUCUGCGUUGCCCGAAGCGGAAACCGAAGGCUGUGCCGAGCCCAAGGAUGUGAGGAUACACUUUGAUCAUCAUAAUUAUUUCGUGAUAGAGCCGGGAGUAUGCACAAUGGACAUUGGGAUCCCCAAUCCGUACACGAAUGAGCAGCUGGUGAAUGCAAAUCUAGAGCAACAGAAUCUGGAGAAGCUUUUCCAAGAGCUGGAAAACCCCGCCAGCAUGUCCAACAGUCAGGAAUCAAAGGACACAGAAACCACUUCCACGGCGCUCGUGGAGUCCUCCACCUCCACAAAUUCAGGCAGUUCAAUGGGGAGUACUUCCAUUCAGAAUCAGGCACAACAUUCCAUGAAAAAGAAGUUGACGUUUCUGAAUCUUUCACCCUUUCGUGGCGGAAAGAAAUCUGGCGAUAAAUCAACCUUUGAACAGCAACAGAGAGCCAUUUCAGAGCUCGUGAGCACCGAUCACAUGCUGCACUUGCAACAAUUGCUGCAGGAACAGCGCAGGGAUCAGCGCUCGCACACGGUGCCAGUGCCCACGGAGUCGAAUUAUGUUCUAUUUAAUCCCGGCCCAGUGCCCAGUCGUCAUGUGCAGUAUAAGAUCCGGAGAUCAAGACCUUUGUCGACGCACAGCGAUGCGGAUAGUGGAUUUUUGUCGCCCUGUUCCCCGGAUGAGAUGAGAGGAAAUCCAGCCAUACUGGUCCUGCAGCAAUGCGACAGUGUUCAGGGCUAUAUUGAGAUCUACACGGACUGGGCCAACUAUUAUCUGGAGCGUGCCAAAUCAAAAAGAAAAGUCACAGAUCUCUCGGCAGACUGUCGCGAUGGCCUGCUGCUGGCGGAGGUUAUUGAGGCUGUUACCAGCUUCAAGGUGCCCGAUUUGGUCAAGAAGCCAAAGAGUCAACAGCAAAUGUACGACAACGUCAAUUCGUGCCUCCAUGUGCUGCGCGGACAAUCCGUUGGAGGCUUGGACAACAUCACAACGAAUGACAUUUGUGCCGGCCGUCUGAAGGCAGUCCUUGCCCUUUUUUUUGCUUUGAGCCGCUUCAAGCAGCAGGCCAAGCAGACCAAAUCGAUUGGCGUCGGUUGUGGCAGCAGCGGAGGUGGCAACGGCACAACCUCCAACACAGCCCUGUCUGGUGGCUCCGUUCUGGGGAUUGGAUUGGGCGGGAGUCUGAGAGCUCCUGGAACAGCGGGAACAUUACUCCACGAUAAGAAUCAACAGGAGCAACAGCAACAGCAGCAGAAACAACAGCAACAGCAGCAAACACCUCAACAGUUGGCGCAGUCUUUGGAAAACGGCAAUGAGAUGGUGAACCGACAAAUAGCCCCCGCCUAUAAGGUCAAUGGCGGCACUGCCAUACCACUGCCGGCCACCGUUAUGGUGCAGCGUCGCUGCCCACCGGAUAAAGUGCGUCCACUGCCCCCGACACCAAAUCAUACGCCAUCCAUACCGGGACUGGGCAAGAGCGGAAGUGAUUUCAAUACGAGCCGUCCAAACAGUCCGCCCACCAGCAAUCAUACAAUCCAAAGCCUCAAGAGUGGCAAUAACAACAGCCUACGUCCACCUAGUAUCAAGAGCAACCACCAAAGCGGAAUACCCUCCCCCAGCAGCCCCCAGACGACGACCAACACAACGACAACGACGACGGCGGCUGCGGCUGCUCCCCAGAAGCACUCGAUGCUGGACAAGCUGAAGCUCUUCAACAAGGAGAAGCAGCAGAAUGCAGUGAAUGCGGCGGCGGCCAACAAAUCGCAGAUCCAGCAGCAACAGUCGAAGCGCACCUCCUCCUCUUCGGGGUUUAGCUCGGCGCGUUCCGAGCGCUCCGACUCCAGUCUGAGCCUCAACGAUGGCCACAACUCGUCGCAGCUGAAGCCCCCCAGCAUCAGUGUGUCCUCGCAGAAGCCCCAACAGAAGCACAACACGAAGCAGUCGAAGCUGCUGGCGGCACAACAGAAGAAGGAGCAGACAAAGUCGAAGCUGGACAAAAAGGAGAAGAGUCCGGCCCGCUCGCUGCACAAGGAAGAGUCCGGGAAUGAGUCGCGCAGCUCCACGAUGGGCAGGGCGGGCAAGAGUUCACUGGCCAGAGGAGGCCUCGGUCUUGGCCUCACGGUGGAGAAGAAUACACUGAAGACAUCGUCCAAGUCCUCGCUGCACUCCAAGUCCGAGUCGAAGAGCUCUCUAAAGGGUGUCGGAGCCCAGCAGCAGCAGCAGCAGAUGUUGCACAGUCCGAGUGGCAUGAGUCUGCCCAAACCCAUUGCGGCGAUCAAGGGCACCAGCAAGCUGCCGGCCCUAGCGGGAGGAGAGCUCCUGAAGCGGGAAACCAGCGACAUAUCAGCGGCCAAUCAGGCAACGCAGACCACCCAGAACAUAUCCACCAUAUCCGUGCUGGAAUCACAGCAGCAGCCACUGCCACAGAGCACCACUACACCACAUAUCCUUAAGGGUCCAGCGCCACCGCCGUACUACGCGAAUAGCAGUCCACCCUCACACAUAUCACAAGGACAUCCCGGCAUGGGAGGAUACCUCAGUGAGCCCAGCACUCCCCAGCACCAGCAGGGGAUCUACGCGAGCAGCAGCGGCAGUCGUCUGCCACCGCCCAAGACGGCGCUGAGUGCCCCCCGGAAACUGGAGUACAAUGCAGGACCCCAUAUCCUGUCAUCGCCUCCCCAUCGAGGGGCAGGUCUGCAGCGUCCGAUGCCCAACUCUGCCCCGAAUACACCCACUGCAUCGCCGAACAAGUUCCACACGGUACCCUCGAAGAUUGUGGGCACCAUUUACGAGUCGAAGGAGGAGCAGCAGCAGCAGCAGCCCCAGCAGACAGGCGGAUGUUCCGCAGGAGCCUCAGUGCUGCCCAUGAGACCCCUCCUGCGGGGCUACAACUCCCAUGUGACGCUGCCGACACGUGGAGCACGCGGUGGCCACCACCAUCCGCAUCCGCCUCAGUCGUAUCUGGAUUUCUGCGAGUCGGAUCUAGGGCAGGGCUACUGCAGCGAUGGCGACGCCCUGAGGAUUGGCAGCUCUCCGGCCACCAGUCGCUAUCACGACAUCGACAAUGGCUAUCUGUCGGAGGGGAGCAGCGGCCUGAAUGGAUCGAUCGGCGGAUCCACUGGUGGUACGGUGUCCCACGGAAAACAUUUUCUCAGGAUGAUGAGGGCCAGAACACCGCUGCCAACAACCAUUGAAGAGAGAAUCCGCAAUAGUCGAGGCUCUCUAGACAGCAUUGGAACCGCCGCAAACGGCAGCUCUGCGGCCAGUCAGGCCAGCUCCAGCGGUGGCUCCACCACCCACAGCAGCAGCAACAGCAACAGCGCCGGCACCACCGCCAACCACAACAACAACCACAUCAACAACAACAACGGAGGGAAAAUGGAUGGCAGUCCACACCAUCGUCCGGGAUCACGCAAUGGAAGGGAUAACUGGAGCAAAAUGCCAGAGCCGCUCAACGGCCAGAAGGGGGACAAAUCGUCGGAGAAGUCAUCGCCAUCGCGCAGGAGCAUGGGCGGUGGCAGCGGGGGAUCCUCCAAGCAGGGAUCGCCCUCGUCUUCCUCCAGGACCAAGGGAGUCCCACCGAGUUUCGGGUAUGUGAAGAGGGCCAAUGGCAGCAUGUCCUCCACUGCAGAGCAGCAGAAUAUUGUCAUGAUGAUGGCAGCCGGAGGCGGAGGAGGACCGCAGCAGGUCAAUGGAUUGCCCUGCGGCAGGACUGCCCAUGUGUCGGCGGUGCCAAGGACAGCAAAUGGUCGAAAGAUUGCACCCGGCACUCAGACAUUGCCCAAUGACAUGAACAAGCUACCACCAAACACACAGUGUCGCAGCUUCUCACUGACGGGACCCACAGCGGCACAAUUGAGUCAAUCGAUACGCGAGCGUUUGGCCACAGGAUCGCACAGUUUGCCCAAACCGGGCAGCGAUAUGCAUGUCUUUCAGCAUAGAAUGUCCAAUCGCCCUGGCACCCGUCACGAUGGCUCUCUCUCCGACACCCAGACCUAUGCCGAGGUCAAGCCCGAAUACAGUUCGUAUGCCAUGUGGCUGAAGCACAGCAAUACGGCCGGAUCACGUCUCUCGGAUGGCGAUGCCAUUGAGCAGCUGCAGAUUGGAUCGCCAGCGAUGACCCGCCACGGGCACAAGAUGAUCCACAAUCGAUCGGGAGGAGGACCCCCUGGGGGACAAAUGCCCAUGCAGGGAAAUGAGUCGCCCUACGUGCAGAGUCCUCGCAUGAAUCGGAGCAAUAGCAUCAGCUACUUGCAAGAAAGGACAUAUCCAAGAUCCACAAAAUCGGAGAAAAUGUAUCCCUCGAUGCUGAGCCGCGCUGGGGACGUGGAAAUCGAGCCGUACUAUUGCCUGCCGGUGGGCACCAACGGAGUGCUGAGCGCCCAAAUGGCAGCUGCUGUGGCGGCCCAGGCCCAAGCCCAAGCACAGGCCACGCAGGGAAAUUCUGGCAACAAUGUGGUGGGUGGUUCCGUGGCCUGGAGCCAGCCCACAUCGCCCACGCCCCUCAAUCGAGGCCCCUUUGCGGCGUCAGUGGCAGCAGCGGCAGCAGCAGCAGCUGCUGCAGGGGUUCUAUCGCCCACUCACGGAACGACCGCAGGAGCCGCAGGGAUGGUUGGUGGCAUGGGAAUGGGACCCGGACUCGGCUCCGGUCUAACUGGCGGACAUCGCCUCACAUAUCCCAAGAAGAACGACGAAGUGCACGGCAGUGCCGCAUCCCUGCUGUCGGGCGGCAGUUCCCUCUACGGAUCCGCGGAGGAGCGGCAGGCCCACGAGAUACGGAGAUUGAAGCGCGAACUGCAGGAUGCACGCGACCAGGUGCUCAGCCUAAGCAGCCAGCUGUCAACCAAUGCCCAUGUGGUGACGGCGUUUGAACAGUCGCUGACCAACAUGACCAAUCGCCUGCAGCAGCUGACGGCGACGUCGGAGCGCAAGGACGGAGAGCUGACGGACAUGCGGCAGACCAUCGAGCUGCUGAGGAAGCAGUCCAUCCAGGCAGGCCUCACCACCGCGCAUAUGCAGAGCAUGGGACAGAAUCAGAAUCACCAGCUGCAGUCGCAGCCCGGGGACCAGAAGCCACCGCCAGGACCGGGGGGCAGCAGGUCCGCCAGCAAUGUCAAUGGCAACGGCACUGGCAAUGGCAACGGCAUACCCAUCGGAUUGGGAAUGGUGCGUCAGCACAGCACGGACUCGAUGUGCUCCUUGAACUCCAUUAGCUCGGGAUGCUCGGCGGCGCAGGACAAGAACAAGGCCAACAAGAAGAAGGGGUGGCUGCGCAGCAGCUUCACCAAGGCCUUCUCGCGGAACGCCAAGAUCUCGAAGACUAGUCGCCAUGUGGGACACCACCACCACCACAAUCAUCACGGACAGGAGCACAGCUCCGGGAAGACACCGCUCCCGAAUGGUCAUGGCGAGCCGCUGGGUCUGGCGGCCCUGGCCACCCAACCGGCGCCUCCUUUGCCUAACAGCAAGCAGGGCAGUCCCGCCAAGACCCUGACGCUGAUCGACAACGCCAAGCCCAUCGAUGCCAUCGACCAGGAGGACCAGCAGGUGGUGGAGGACCUCAAGAAGCAGCUGCGCGAGAAGGAUCUCGUCCUCACCGACAUUCGGCUGGAGGCCCUGAGCUCCGCCUCGCAGCUGGAGAGCCUCAAGGACAUGAUGAACAAGAUGCGGUCCGAGAUGAUGUCCCUCAAGCAGAACAACGAGCGUCUGCAGAAGCUGGUGACCACCCGCUCCCUGGCCGGCUCCGAGGUGAGCCUCGGACAGGCGAUCAGCCCCAACGGAUCGGUGGCCGGCAGCUCUGAGGUCUCGCGCCGCUACUCGCUGGCCGACGGCAAUGCGCGACCGCCCAUGGAGCUGCCACCACGCCUCAGCGAGGAGUUGGAGGAGGAGUGCAUGCCCCCAGCACCGGCGCCAGAGCCCCCACCACCGCCAGCACCAAACACCGCCGCUGUGGCGCCUCUGAGUCCCAGCACACACAUUGAUCUGACGCCUCCACCACCGGCCCUGGAGACGGCGCCGCUGGCCAGCCCCGUGCACAUGCCCAGCGCCGUCGAGGAUCUGCCCGACGUGUGCGACGGCAAGAAGAUUGCCAUCGCCUGCUACCUGGGACAGCCGGAGUCGUUUGCCAAGUACUGCGAGGAGCUGCAGGAGCUGGAUGGCUUCUAUGCCAAUGGCUCGAUCAUCGCCAGCCACGAGGCCGACCCCCAGGCGCAGAGCGAGCGCAAAGUGAGCUUUGCAGCCGCCAGCUCCAACGAGUUCAUCGUCGCCUGCACCUACAUCUCGGGCAAGACGACCUGGCAGAAUCUCGACUACAUUGUGCGCAAGACCUUUAAGGACUAUGUGGCUCGCAUCGAUCCAGGCACCAAUCUGGGCCUGAACACGGACUCCAUCACGUCGUACCAUCUGGGAGAGGCCAAGCGCGGGCCGGAAAUGGGCUUCCCCGAGCUCCUGCCCUGCGGCUACAUUGUGGGCAGUGUCCGGACGCUGUACAUCUGCCUGCAGGGCGUUGGGAGUCUGGCCUUCGACAGCCUCAUUCCGCGCAGCAUUGUGCACCGCUACAUCAGUCUCCUCACGGAGCACAGGCGGCUCAUCCUGUGCGGUCCGAGCGGCACUGGGAAGUCCUAUCUGGCGCGUCGCCUAGCCGAGUUCCUAGUGGCGCGUGCGGGACGGGGAAAUCCCUCAGAGGCCAUUGCCACAUUCAACGUGGACCACAAAUCCUCGAAGGAUCUGCGGCAGUAUCUGGGCCACAUUGCCGAGCAGGCGGCCAUUGCAAAUGGCGCUUCGGAGCUGCCUUCUGUGAUCAUUCUGGACAACUUGCACCAUGCCUCUGCCCUGGGCGAUGUCUUCUCCUGCCUGCUGAGCGCCGGGCCGGCCAACAAAUUGCCCUGCAUUAUUGGCACCAUGUCGCAGGCCACCUGCAACACGACCAAUCUGCAGCUGCACCACAAUUUCCGAUGGGUCCUUACGGCCAAUCAUAUGGAGCCCGUCAAGGGCUUCCUUGGACGCUUUCUGCGGCGGCGACUGUUCCAGCUGGAGCUGCAGACGCAGCAUGCCCAGCCAGAGCUGGCGUCGGUCUUGGCCUGGCUGCCCUCCGUCUGGCAGCACAUCAAUCGUUUCCUGGAAGUCCACAGCUCCAGUGACGUGACCAUUGGCCCGCGUCUGUUCCUCUCUUGCCCGCUAGACUUGAAGGACUCGCAGGUGUGGUUCACCGACAUUUGGAACUAUCAUCUGUCCCCCUAUCUGGUCGAGGCUGUGCGCGAGGGAGUGCAGCUCUAUGGCCGCCGGGGCGGAGCCUGGAACGAUCCUUCUGUCUUCAUACGCAACUCGUAUCCCUGGCCCUAUGGGCCCGACUCAGUGCCACCGCUGCGACAGAUCAAUGCCGAGGAUGUGGGCUUAGAAGGCGUGGCAUUGACAAACGGGGAGAACCAGGAUCCUCUGCUCAAUAUGCUGAUGCGCCUGCAGGAGGCUGCCAACUACUCGGAGGCGCAGGAUCAGGAGUCGGACUGCGCCAGUCUGGACUCCAACGUGACGCCGGACAGCUCUGCGGGCGCCGAGUAAACCUCCGCAGUUGAAUCCACUUCGUACAUGCCAAAAUUUAAAAGGACCCGAACCAGACCCGAACACGUCCGCUGUGGGCCCGCUGCACUAUCCAUCCCCCAAAUCCGCACAAAUGAGAUUUCUUGCACUACUUUCGCAGCCGAGUUCUUAAGCAGUUCCAAGAGGUUUCCAUUUGCACCAACUCUAUUCUAUAUCUUCUCGGUA